AUGAAAUCUCGAGAAGCUCUAUUUAAAGAAUCAACUUUCGAGCUUAUUGUACCUAGUGGUAUAGUAAACUGUAACGAAGAGGAAUUUGAGAACAUUUUUACUUCAACAGAAAGAACUUUAGCAUUUUAUGACGAACUUCUCUACUUUUAUCUUAAUAUCUGCCUUCCCAGUGAUUCUGGCAUUACUGAUAAAGAAGCAGCUAAAUUGUUUUUCCAACAACUUGAAAUAUUUGUUGAAGCAUUAAUAAUCGAUGCAAAUGCAUCUACUUCGAAUUCAACCCCUACUGCACCUCCACCGGUAUAUCGUUUACCUCCGGGUAAAUCUCGUGAAACUUCUACAGCGACUUCACCUUCAAUACCAAGCACUCCUUUACCACCACUUAUGGACAAGAAACCAUCUAAACCACCAGAUGGUACAAUAAUAUAUUCUUAUUUAUAUAAUCAUAAAUCAAAGGAUUAUCAAAUGUUGGUUUUUGAAAAGAAUGGAACCUGGUCAUGUUUAGUACAAUUGAUGGUCCCUGUAGCAUAUGUAAAAACUCGUGCUCAAAUUCCGGCAUUAGCUCUUAAUACGACUAUUACGCAAACUCAUCUAUCAGUAGAAUUAAAAGAUAUUGGAUUGUCAUAUGAUUCUGAAACAUCUAAUGGCGAGAAUUUUGGCAUGACGAAUUUAUUAGAAGGCUUAAAUUAUGAUCCAUCGUUCGAAUCACCUACAACGAGUCUACUACUCCCAACAAAUCGUAUAUUCAAUAUUGAACCUAGACGUUUAUCUUUAAAUUUAAGCACGAAUUCUUCUCCUCCAUUGAAACAUAAUAUACGUAAAAUUUUAUCUAUAAAGUCAGCACUCAAUGUACGCAUGCGGACUACUAGUGUAUCUCCUUUAGAUCAUGUGUUAAUGAUGUCAGUCGAAUUGGAGAAUAACACAGAUGCAGGUUGCUCAUUUUCUGUUGAGGAAGUUAAAGUAGAUAUUGAUCAUGGCUUUGUGACAAAAUACGAUUGGGAAUCAGCAAAUAAACAAUUGGAAAAAUUUCCAAUAACGCUUCAUCCUGUCGACCAAGUUACGUUUUUAUAUAGCAUUACGAUUUUAGAUGAUUUAUCACUUCCAAAAUUGUCUUCACAAUUUUGUCCUACGCCACAACCUCACUCUAGACCAACAUCUCGUCGUACUUCUGUAUCAUCAGUAUUUUCGAUCACUUCUGGUUCACCUAUUACGGAAGAGCGUCAACGUCAUGUCUCAAUCGUUGCAAGAGGAUCACCCAUUCUUAAUGGAACAAAGUGUCGGAGCAUUGAGUCAAGAUGGAAUUGCAUGCUAGAUUUAACUAAUCUACGAAGACGUGAAGAUUCUUUACCAUUACCCAUGCCAAAUCAAAAACCUACAUCACAAAACGCCAAAACAGGACAAUCUAGGGGCAACUCUUUAUUCUCACCCACUGGUUCAUCAACACCAACCAAUUUCAAAGGGUUCCAUUCAUCAUCAGAUUCUAACGGAAAAGUUAAAAAACCAGCAAACCUUCCCACCAUACCUGACCAUAGCACGGUUGGUAAUGGUAUUCUCACUGGAGGUAGAGCACCUAUGACAUCCAGACCUAUGGAGAUGGAAGUUGGAGAUGGAGUUGUUGUUUCCUUUUUAGGUAAGCUGUUCACAAUACAUAUUUUCUUUGUCAAUAGAUCGAAGCACGUUAGGAGAUUUACGGUGCUAGUACCCAAUAAAAAACGACCAAAUGAGAAGGCUAUCAAACGCAUAUCUGUACCACCAGCGACAGUAAAACUGCAAAAUUCAGCCGAUCUACUUAUAAGUAGUAGUCAAUCAAAUCAAUUAGAACCAUUUAUGGAUGAAUCAGAUUUCAUAAGAAAAUUCCUAGAACAUGAAACACCAGAUUCUGAUAUUAUUUGUUUAGAAAAUAAUGUUCGAAUCGGACCAUUGAAUCCUUCAACGUGUGAAUCAGUUGCAUUACAUUUCAUUGCUAUUAAAGAAUCAAUGCAUAUUAUUGAUUUAGUUCAACUUGUGGAUAAUGAUACUGGUUUCAUAACAAAUCUUAGAAAUGUUUUAGAAAUUUAUGUUACAAAGCCAGUUACAUCCAAAAAGGGUAAAAAAAUUAUUGAUAUUUCAAGUGGUGGUAUGGAAGUACAAGUUAAUGGGUAA